AUGGCUUCUGGGGUCCACGAUGAGAUUCUGGGAUGCUUUACUGGAGCCAUUAACAUUAGUGAGAGUCAAGCAGUGACAGUUCUGGUCCUCUUUGCUUUGGCGUUCCUGACCUGUGUUGUCUUCCUGGUCGUCUACAAGGUUUACAAGUAUGAUCAUACUUGUCCAGAAGGAUUUGUUUUUAAGAAUAAUCAAUGCAUUCCAGCAGGAUUAGAGAACUACUACUCGGAACAGGACUCCAAUGCCCGGGGGAAAUUUUACACAGUCAUAAACCACUACAACUUGGCCAAGCAAACCAUCACUCGCUCUGUGUCUCCAUGGAUGUCAGUGUUGUCGGAGGAGAAACUGUCAGAGCAGGAGACGGAAGCGGCUGAGAAGUCCGCUUAG